GGAGAGAAAAGAAGAGUGUGUUAAUGGAAGAAGAGAAAGAAGCAGUGAUGGUAACACCAGGAGAAGUGGUGGGUCGAAGUUGGGAUGUGAAAGCCGGAAGAGGAGCAUACGCGUCGCUUCACAACAACACCGUUUACGCCACCCUAACUGGCUUCCUCCGUACAAUACCUCCGGCGCCGGAAUCUCCUGACCAGAGACCUACCGUUGAAGUAACUGGUCACAAGGCUCAUGGACCUGUUCCAGAGCCUGGAUCUAUUGUCAUUGCGCGUGUCACCAAAGUAAUGGCUAGGUCCGCUUCAGCUGAUAUUGUGUGUGUUGGACAAAAGUCUGUUAGAGAAAAAUUUACUGGCAUCAUUAGGCAGCAAGAUGUUAGAGCAACUGAGAUUGAUAAAGUAGAUAUGCACUUAUCUUUUCGUCCCGGUGACAUUAUUAGAGCUCUUGUGCUUUCUCUUGGAGAUGCCCGGGCGUACUUUCUGUCGACGGCAAAGAAUGAACUUGGUGUUGUCUCUGCAGAAAGCACUGCUGGUGCAACAAUGGUUCCAAUAAGUUGGACAGAGAUGCAGUGCCCAUUAACUGCUCAGAUUGAGCAAAGAAAGGUUGCAAAGGUUGCAACCACACGAGAACGCAAGCUUAUAUUUUACUUUGCAAAUUAUUUUACAUACAAAAAAACAAUGGCUUCAGCUUCGCUUCAUCUCCUUCCGCCACUCGCCAAAUUCUGGUCUUCAAUAGCCCCUCUGUCCCAUGGUUACACCCAUCAAUUCGCUUCCUUAACUUCAUUCAGAUUCGCCUCUACUACUUCUUCUACCAAAACCAUUUUCCUUCCCAAACCUCUCGCCGUGCGUUUUUCUCUAACAGACUCCGACUCGCCCAAAUCCAUAGAACCUGACCCUCAAGCUCUUCUCCAAGAUAUUGCUGAUAGUUUUGAUCUUCCUCCUGAUUACUUUGCGCAGCUUCCCCGCGAUCUUCGAUUAGACCUAAACGACGCCGCCUUCGACCUUUCAAACGGACCUAUCUUGGAUGAGUGUGGUCAAGAGUUGGGAGAGACACUGCUAAACCUCUCUCGAGCAUGGGAACUUGCUGACACGUCAACCUCCCACUCUUUAGCGGCAAAGCUUCCUUUGAUAGAGGCCAAUUUGUCAGGCACUGCCAAAUCAGCACUUGGCAAGCGUUUGGUAUCUGCUGGAAGAAGGUUUCAAUCAAUGGGACAGUAUGGCCAAGGUGAGCCACAGAAGAUUGCAAAAUCAAUGAUUGCAGCAGGGAGAGCUUUAUCUGCUAGUUCAACUGCAGCAAUAGAUGAACAACCCAAAGAGGAAACUAGGAUGCUGAAGUUUGGAGAUUUGCAGGUUGAAUUAACACCAGAUAAAGCCAAUAUUGGGGCUGUAAUUGGAUUUGUUUUUGGGAUUCUUUCUUGGGAAAUAGCUCAGGGAAUUCAAAACAUUCCCGAGAGUUCUUUGGAGUAUGCAAAUGACAAUGCUUUGCAGCUUGCUAAGUCUUUAAGGGGAGCAUUACUUGCUCUUUUCUACACCUCCACGAUCUUGUCUGCAUUUACUAUGGUGGGACUUGUUCUACUUGGUAUACAGCUCAACAGCCAUAUGGCUUCUUUCUCUUGCUCAGCCACCGAACUCACCCCACUCUUCACUUCCACAACCAACGCAACCGCCGCUGCGAACUACCUCUGCACCCAAUUCGAUGCCAUCUCGAAAAGGCUCACAGACACAACCUACGCCGUGGACAACACCUACCUUCUCUUCUCAGCCUAUCUCGUCUUCUCCAUGCAGCUUGGUUUCGCCAUGCUCUGCGCCGGUUCAGUUCGAGCCAAGAACACCAUGAACAUCAUGCUCACCAACGUCCUCGACGCCGCCGCCGGCGGCCUCUCCUACUACCUCUUCGGUUUCGCUUUCGCCUUCGGAGCCCCCUCCAACGGUUUCAUCGGCCGUCACUUUUUCGGUCUUAAGGAUUACCCAUCACCUUCGGGAGACUACAGUUUCUUCCUUUAUCAAUGGGCAUUCGCCAUAGCCGCCGCAGGAAUCACCAGCGGCUCCAUAGCCGAGAGGACUCAGUUCGUCGCAUACCUCAUUUAUUCAACCUUCUUGACAGGGUUCGUCUACCCCAUCGUUUCCCAUUGGUUCUGGUCAUCAGACGGGUGGGCCAGCCCGACCCGGAGCGAUGCUAACGUUUUAUUCGGGUCCGGCGUCAUCGACUUUGCCGGCUCCGGCGUUGUUCACAUGGUUGGUGGCAUAGCAGGGUUCUGGGGGGCUUUUAUUGAAGGGCCAAGAAUUGGCCGGUUCGACCGGACCGGCCGGUCCGUUGCCUUACGUGGCCACAGCGCUUCCUUGGUUGUGCUCGGUUCGUUUUUAUUAUGGUUCGGAUGGUACGGGUUUAAUCCCGGUUCGUUCCUGACCAUCGUGAAAGGCUACGGUGGAGCGCGUGAUUAUUAUGGUCAAUGGAGUGCUAUAGGAAGGACAGCUGUCACGACGACAUUAGCUGGAAGCACUGCAGCUCUGACAACAUUGUUCGGCAAGCGGUUAUUGGUGGGCCACUGGAACGUGGUUGACGUGUGUAACGGUCUGCUUGGUGGUUUCGCUGCAAUCACUUCGGGUUGCUCCGUUGUGGAACCAUGGGCUGCGAUCGUGUGCGGGUUUGUGGCGGCGUGGGUUUUGAUUGGGCUCAACAAGCUGGCAGCGAAACUGGAGUACGAUGAUCCGCUGGAGGCGGCGCAACUCCACGGCGGGUGCGGCGCGUGGGGGGUGUUGUUCACGGGAUUGUUUGCGAAGAAGGAGUACGUGGGGGAGGUAUACAGCGUGGGGAGGCCGUACGGGUUGUUGAUGGGUGGCGGUGGGAGGUUGUUGGCGGCGCAGGUAAUUCAGAUAUUGGUGGUGAUUGGGUGGGUGACGGCGACCAUGGCUCCUUUGUUUUAUGUGCUUCAUAAGAUGAAUUUGUUGAGGAUAUCGAGGGAUGAGGAGGGUGCGGGGAUGGAUUUUACAAGGCAUGGUGGGUUUGCUUAUGCGUAUCAUGAUGAAGAUGAUGGGUCCACUAAGAACGGAGUGUUUAUGAUGGGUAGGAUAGAACCCGCGAGCACAAGUCCCUCCAACUUCACCACACCGGAAACACAACGAGUGUGA